AGGAGGUACACUGACAGUGAUUGACAACUCAUCAAGGUUCUGGGGUCUUCUCCCACUGGUGUACAGAGACACACACACAUUUAGUACAGCACGCAGCAUUUAGGUUUUAAUGAAUCUCCGUCUAAAUAAGGACUGCUGAUAUCAUGCAUUUUUCUUCAAAGCAGAACACUCCUACUGAGUCCAGUUCCCAAAAGUCGUCUGCUUUAAAAUUGAUGAGCUCAGGUUGUAUGGCGGUCCAAAUUCAGCUUGAGUCCAGCAUUACUGUCUGCUUUUAGCAGCUAUUCAAUGGGUAGUUCACCCAAAAAGGAACAUUCCAUAAAAAAUGUAUUCACCCUCAUUCACAUAAAAAUCAAACUUGUGAACAACAAACAAAUUAAACCCAUUGCUUGUUUCUUUCACAUUUGCAUGAAGGGUAAGUGGAGAAAAUCAUUUUGGACCCAUUUUGCAUCCAAACACUGAAAAGCUCCAAUUCCCAUGUCAGGGAACCAAAGAUUCAUUGUCAUCUUCAAAGCUUUGGAGCUGCAGUGCUCCGAUGUGACCACAGUGGGUUGAGUGAAUGCACACUAUGAAUUAAUUAAAUUAAUCUGUUAUCAGGGGUGUAAAAAGUACUCAGAAAUUAUACUUAAGUGAAAGUAUGGAUACUGAGUGAACUAUUAAAAGUCCAAGUAUCAAGCCAAGUGAAAGUAAAAAAAAGUAUUCACAUUAAACUGUACUUAAGUGUUAAAAAAGUAAAAAGUAACUUUUUUCAUUGUUAGAAUUAAAUCAAGAGAGGAGAUUGUGUGAGAGAGGAUGUUGUUAAAUUUGAUUGGUUUGUUAAGUCGCCUUUUUACUGUCUUCGACUGCCAUAUUUCUCCCCCAGGGCAUUCACAACCUGGUCAAAGAAUCAUGUUACAAUAACUACAUUUUUGCAAAAUAAUUUUUAUGUGGCCUGUUGUACGUAACAUGGCAAUUUCCUGGUGGAAUAAACACAAGAGGCGCUAAAACAACAAUGACAUUUAUCCCCUUUCACUCAAAUCACGUGUAAAAUGGCAGAUUAUCAGUUCAUAAACAGGUACUUUUUGCAGCGUUCCUCACACAAUGCUAUCUUAUGACAUAUAAGCACUUCUACUAUAGCGCAUGACUCAUUUUAAUGUUUGCAUUACAUAACCAACUACAUUUACAAGCUUGUUCAAGUGUGAUCAAAUUGCCAGUAGUUCAACUGACAAAGUGCUGAAUAUGCGAUACAAAGGACCAGGAUACGAGUUAAGAAGAGCACGCGAGUCGACACAUGAGUGAAAAUGUCAUAGAAGAACCACAAACGUGACGUAGUUGCUUCAGAAAUUGUUUUUCAUCUCACAUUUGCUUUUUAUGAUACUAUCGGUUAGGUUUAGGUUUAAGGUUUAGGGUAGGGAGGUCGGUUUUACUGAUUUAAAUCUCGAUGGAACAUUAACCUUAAAAGCCUCAUCUGUUUGGGAGAACAUUUCACUCGCUUUUAGCACCACACAGUGGACAUUUCCCUUUGGGACUGCCCUGAGACGUGUAAUGAACCACAAUUUUAUUUUGCAAAAACAUUGCCACAGUCAUGCAGUGUUCGUUGCAUGGGAGACAACACUCAUGAAUUGGGAUCUCAGAGCACCCAACGCCUUGAGACAUAGAGAGAAAUUCAAAUGAAUCUUUGAAGAAAGUUAGUAAUGUUGUUGGUUUUUUAAAUUGUUUUCUGAGGUUUGCUACCCAACCUUGCUGUUUAGCAGAUAAAAUUCAUAAAUAAUAUUUACUCAGAUUCCAUUAUUUUUAUUAUUAUUAUACUUGCUGGUUUUAUAGUUAUUAUUACAAUUAAUAGUUCCCUAACAACAACAAUAAAAAUUCGGCAAAUGGGGAGUAGAAAUUCAUAGAUAUGAUUUAAAUAUGAAGGCAAGUGUAGAAAUAAAUGACAUGUACACAUUUACAAAAUUACAAAAGCUUUUUGUUUUUAUAUAUAUAUAUUUGCAACAUGAAUGAUUAUUUUUGACUUCAUAACUGUCCAAUCUGUAGAAGUAGCAGGCAUUUAGAAUAAAGUUUAGGACAAAAACCACCAGUGUUUCUCACUUCGUGCUCAUAAUUUUGAAUGAAUACAUCACAUUCAGUCAGGUGGCCACAUACGGUCUAGUUGGACAAAUAUUUCAACAUAUCCGAAGCUCAGAUCAGAUCCAAAAUUCCGCCUCUGCAGAUGGUCGUAACUCCACACAACCAUUGUGAGACACUGAUUUUGAAAUGACAUCUGUCAUUUGUCAGAUGCAGUGAAAAGGUGAUUUCAGUCCACUAAGAUGAAAGAAAAUGAUAUACAAAAAUGUAGUGAGUACUUAAAUGAGUAUAAAAAAAUAACACAAGUAUUUUUACUCAAUUGCUUUACACCCCUGUCUGUUAUGUUAUAAAACCUUAACAAGAAUUUCUGAAUUUACGAGAAUGAGCUUCAGAAACAAUCACGAUUAUGUCCAGGUCAUCCCAAAACCCAUUUUUAAUCUUAAUGGUCUUAAAAAUAGGCUUCCUUUUCUUUAUGCAAAAUAAUUUUCUGACCUUCUCUGUAUGAAAUUAUAAAUUUAGUCAAAUAACAAGAACCAUUCUUAUCUCUUACAAGGCCAGAUUGUGUUAAAAAUUCUGUUUCAAUGACACUUGUGUCUGUGAUCUUUUAUAAGUUGUAUACUGUUAAAUUUUCCUUUCAUGUGAGGAUACUUGUAUUCCACAAAAAAAAAAAAAAAGGCUGUAAUGUCAGACCUCAGUUCAAAUGAGUAGGAUUUAUUUAUGUGCAGAUGAGCAAUAAAAGAUCAGACAGAAGUGUAUUGAUUAAGAGGUCACCUUUAGAAUUACCUUGAGUUAGUGUCUGCUGACGAAGAAGGACAGAGUGAGAUGUCUGUCAAUAUUGACUGUGGGUGUGUGUGUCGGACAGAGGGAAUGAAAGGAGGAGUGUGGAAAAGCAUCAGCAGCAGGUUGUUCAGGCAGUGGAACGUGCCAAACAGGUCACCAUGGCAGAGCUCAACGCGAUCAUAGGGCAGCAGCAGCUCCAGCACCUGUCUCACCACACUCCAGGUAUCCCUCUCACUCCUCACCCUUCAGGCCUGUCUUUGGGUGGCACGUCUGGACUGCUGGCCCUCACCGGAGCUCUGGGAGUCUCCACCCACCUCACUAACAAGGACGAACGCAAUCACCUUGACCCCGAGCACCUGCGAGAGGGUGCACCCAGCAGGAGUAAAUCAGUGUCGUCAACAGACAGUCAGGCAGCAGAGGAUCGUCAGGGUCCAUCAGGGGUUUAUUCUUCACAGACCAGCAGUGAUGCCAAACGGAGACGGUGUGAUGAUAAAGACGUCCUCCCGUCUCACUAUGACAGUGAUGGAGAGAAGAGUGAGGACAAUCUUGUGGUAGAUGUCUCAAAUGAGGAGCCUUCCUCCCCCAUAGACAUUGCCCCUCUUUCUCCUCAUGGGAAUGGUUUAGACCGAGCUCCCACCGUGAGGAAAGAGCUCCCAGGAUCCCCAAGUCCCCCACCGGCCACCCCACCGCACAGCCCCCCUCCUGACAAGAAUAAGGACACUUCACAAACAGAGAAAUCUCAGUCCCCCUCCUCUAAAUCAGGCAAUUCCUCUCCAUCCCACCAUGAUCCUCUUACCCCUGGUCCACCCGGGCCCAGCACUUCCUGUUUACGCCUCGUCAACAAACCCGCCGCCUCAGCAGACCCGCUGGCUUUGCGGAGUCCUUUGACUAUGACACCCGGUUCUUACCCGACUCACUUUGGGGUUGUGUCUCACGCCGGGCUCAAUGGAGAGCUGGCAAGCCCGGGUGGGUUUGGAGGCUCGCUGACCAUUUCUCCCCAAAUCAGUGCAGCAGCCAGUGCCUACACACGCAGCCCUAUGGUAGCGUACGAAUCUCGUUCACACCUUAGAUCCUCAGGGCUUUCGUCCUCACUGCCUAGCUCCACUGGUGGCAAACCUGCAUACUCGUUCCACGUGAGUGCAGAUGGUCAAAUGCAGCCGGUGCCCUUCCCUCCUGAUGCCCUUCUAGGCCCAGGCAUCCCCCGGCACGCCCGUCAGAUCCACACCCUCAGUCAUGGAGAGGUGGUGUGUGCGGUCACAAUCAGCACCUCCACACGUCAUGUCUACACCGGUGGGAAAGGCUGCGUCAAAGUUUGGGACAUCAGCCAACCGGGCAACAAGAGCCCCAUGGCCCAACUCGACUGUUUGAAUAGAGACAAUUACAUCCGCUCAUGUAAGAUACUCCCAGAUGGGCGGACCUUGAUAGUUGGAGGUGAAGCCAGCACGCUAUCAAUCUGGGACUUGGCCACGCCCACUCCACGCAUUAAGGCCGAAUUAACGUCAUCGGCUCCGGCCUGCUACGCUCUGGCCAUCAGUCCAGAUAACAAGGUCUGUUUCUCUUGCUGUAGUGACGGAAACAUUGUGGUCUGGGAUCUGCACAACCAAACGCUUGUCAGGCAGUUCCAGGGCCAUACAGAUGGAGCCAGUUGUAUCGACAUCUCUAAAGAUGGGACCAAACUGUGGACGGGGGGUCUGGACAACACCGUGCGUUGCUGGGACCUGAGAGAGGGCCGACAGCUCCAGCAGCACGAUUUCAACUCACAGAUCUUUUCUCUGGGUUACUGUCCUACGGGAGAGUGGCUUGUAGUGGGGAUGGAGAGCAGCAAUGUGGAAGUGCUGCACGUCUCCAAACCAGACAAAUACCAGCUGCAUCUUCACGAGAGCUGCGUUCUCUCGCUCAAGUUCGCCUACUGCGGGAAGUGGUUUGUGAGCACGGGAAAGGACAAUCUGCUGAAUGCAUGGAGGACACCAUAUGGAGCGAGUAUCUUCCAGUCAAAGGAAUCCUCGUCUGUCCUGAGCUGUGACGUCUCCCCAGAUGACAAGUAUAUUGUGACAGGAUCUGGGGAUAAGAAAGCCACGGUGUAUGAGGUGGUGUACUGAAUGCAGAAAUGAGGAAUACGUAAAUGGAUGGAAGAAAAAGAAUGGCAAGCAUGAAACAAUCAUGGCAAGCUUGGUGGGCAACCAUGGCUCUUCAAUUUGCUGUUUUCUGUAUACAUCCUGGUCCUUUCGCUCUAACCAAUUAACCAUAUCAAGCAUUUGAGCAUCACACCAGCCCAAUACAACAACAUCAAUGGCGUGAGUUUGGGGCAGCACUAUUUUUUGUGACCAAUGGAAAUAGUAAUGAAUAGUGUUCGAGAAAACAGUCAUUUUCGCAAUUUGGUUCGGUGAUGCUAGUUGCGCAGAAAUCACCUGCACAACUUUCACCUUCGAAGACAUUUUUUCACAAAAUUGGACAAAGUGGAAAAUAACUAUUUAUUACUAAGAUGAUAACUGAACACAACUCGAAUUAAAUACAAUCAAGGUAGUAUGUUUAUGUGACAACAAUGUUGCAUACUAAUGUUUAAUGCUUUUAUCGAAAGCCCCAUAAGACAGAAGGUAGCUGCUACUUACAGAAACACCAAUACCAGACAAUCAUUUCAUUAGUUACAAACUCCAACGGGGCAUAUGCAAAAGAGUGCAACAUCUUUCCCCAAUGAGAACAGAGAGUUUGGAGGCUCUUGGCUCACAUUGGGGCAUCUCCGUCUGAACACAAUAUGGGAAUACAAACAAUUCUCCACUCUCCUAUCCAACCCAAUUAGACAUUCAUGUGGCAAAUCCCAGACGAAUUGUCCAACUUGCAUUUAAUUUCUUUCUCCCACAAGCUGGUGUCUAAUAAGGAGCAUGGGUAAAUCAUGCAGGAUUCAUGCUGCAAAUAUUCAAAACCACAGACGUUUUUCUUUUUAAUUUCCUUGAAUUAACACAUAUGUUGCACUCAUUUGCAAUUUAAUACUUAUUUUCAUGUCAUUCAUUAUUAGGUUUGAGUUAGGAAACCUUUUCUUGAUUGUAUUGAGAUUAAGCAACGCAGACCUAUAUUUAAAGAGAUAGUUAACCCCAAAAAUGAAAAAUCUUCCAAUAUUGUCACCCUCAAAUGUUGAUCCAAACCUGUAUGACUUUCUUUCUUCCGAGGAACAAAAAAGGAGAAUUUGGAAGAAUGUCUGAGCUUCUCUGUUACAUACAAUGAAAGUGGAUAGGGACCUGGGGCUGUCAAGUGCCAAAAAGGACAAAAAGCACCAUAAAUAUGUCAUAAAAGUUGUCCAUACAAGUGUGCUAUAUCCCAAGUCUUCUGAAAUCAUACAGCAGAUUUGUGUAAGGAACAGACUGAAAUUUAAGUCGAAGAUUCCAAAAAUCUUACCUUAAAAACCUUGCCUGACAGCUGUGGUCACCAUUCACAUUCAGUGUAUGGAAAAGAGCAGCUUGGACAUCUGGUAUAAAUGACUCCUUGUGUUCCAUUGAACACGUUAAAAUACUUGAGGGGAAGGCUACAUUCACACUUGUCUGUUUUUGCUUAAACUCUGUAUUAGUGUGGAUGUGACCUAAGUAAAUGAUGACAGAAUUUUCAUGUUUGGUUGAACUAUUAUGAAAACACUUCUGAAAAAUUUGUUUAAAUGAAAUUGAUAAAAAAAAAAAAAAUUAAAAUGUACAAGAAAAAAAAACAAAACAUGCAAACUCUUCUCAGGUUAGUUUUGACAAAGGGAAAUGCUCUGCUUGGAAAUCUGAGAGGUCCUAACACAGAACCUUUUUGCACACCAUAAAUAAGAGCUGUGGUUUCCAACCUAACCAGGAAUGUUCAAGAAUCAACACAACAGGAUUCAUCUAUCACAUCCUGCUGGGAACAGAUUUUUUUUUAAAUGACUGUUUUGUUUCUUCUUUUGAUCUAUAAUGCUUUUCUCAGCGCUGAAAAUCGCAGGAAGGUUGGAUGAGUCAAAUGAUGUUUGGAUUGUGAGCUUUCCAAACAGGAGGAAUUGUAUGAAAUCAUUCGGUUCCUUCUUUUCUUUUUUUUUUAUGGCAAUAGUAAGCAGUGUUACUGUCGUGUUUUGAUCAGUCUGUUAUUAUGCAGAAAGUGUAAUGUGUUCUGUUUCUAUUUCAUGAAUAGCUGAAAAUAUGGCUGCCUGCAAACUGUGGCAUUUGUCUUUUUAAGAUAGACCGUCUUACUGCAUGAUCUGUCUUUGACAUCAUGCUAUCAGAAUAUCUGUAUCUAUCUAUCUACCCUUAUAAAAUGCAUUGUUUCUAUACAAAGAACAAUGUCUACUGUUAAGUUUUCGUUAAAGACUCUCGAAAGCCAAGGAACAAUUUUGGAAGGCAUCGCUGUGAUAUCCCUUUGUAGCACUUCCCGUGUGAUGUAAAAGACACGUAUACAUUGAAUAAAAUUAAACUUGUGGUCA